CCAACUAUGAAACGUUUCGGAAUCACUUUCGCUGUGUUGGCCGGGGGAAACAUGUACCGUGCCUCGACGCAAGCCGUUUCCGUUUCUGCGCUGUCAGUACCACGGAAAGGCAGUUGGAUGAGGUCAGACAGUGGAAAUACAGGAACAAGAGUUCGCAGGAAUCCAACAGAAUUACAGAGGGCACUGACACUUAUAGAACUGCAGCUCGCCAAAGGAAAGGUGGAAAAAGCCGAAGAUUGCUUGAGGUCAUUUCUUCGUUCUGGAUUUAAGUUGGACCAGCGAGCUUUCAAUGCUGUUUUACUAGGCUGGGCUGAGCAAGGAAAGUAUUACAGAGUACGGAGUCUGUAUCAAACGCUGCUUAGAAGUCGUCUUUCUCCAACAGCGGAUACAUACUCGGCGUUGCUGAUUCAAUGCGUUCAGAGUCGAUAUUGGAAAGGAAUUGCUGGCAUAAUUCAGACGGCGGACCAGAAGGGUAUAGAUGUAAAGCAUUUGCCAUAUCAGUGCUCACUAUCAACAAGACAAAAACAGCUUUUGAAAGAAGCUCUUGAACAUGGUGUCACUGGGUACACACCUACCGCUCCCAUAAGUACAAACAAGAUUUAUAUGCCAGAUGCUGUAAAAUCUCUUUACAAAAAUACAUUUACAGCACCUCAACUGUCAGAAACUGUUGGAUCUUCUUAUGAUCUCAGUGGUUUACUGACAAGGAAGCAACUUGAAGAAAAGAUGAAGCAGCAACUUGAAAUGGAAAGACAGGGCUUUCUGCGUAUACCAAUUAUAUCAACAGGCAGAAACGACUUCAAACAACAGAAUCAUAAAGAGUUUAUGGAUGUCAAGAAUAUGUGGCUGGACUCAUUGACAAGAGCCAUUGCUGAACAGUCAAAGAAGGUAAAAGAAGAGAGAAGACAGAAUCAGCUAGUUGUGUCUGCAAGUGGUGCAGCGAACCUAAAGCAGCUGGUUGAUGUUCUUGAACCAUCGGAGUUGGCUAGUAUUGUUUUAGAUAAGGUGUGUGAGUUUGCAUUGCCACAAGCUGAUGGCAUCCACGUUCACUUCUUGUGUGUGAGAACAGGGUUGACAAUAGAGCAGCGAUAUGCAUUAAGGAAAAAGGAGACGCAUGGUGCUGUUGAAAAGACAGCUGCAAUAUAUAAAGAAUACAUUGAUUACUUUUUCGACAAGAAGUUAUCAAGUCAAAUGGGCUCUAGAGAUUUCUGGCUGAAGUUAGAUGAGGCAAGGCCUUGGGAGUCCGCUUCAACUGUUCAGCUACCAGCAUGGCCAGCAGCUAUGUACUUGCAUAUUGGAGGAUUUUUGCUUGAUUGCCUUGUUAAAUUUGUUAAAUUCUGUGGAUCAGAAACUAAAGAAAAACUUAAUAAACGGGAAAGUCCUGCAUUUCUUCAUGUGUACAAGACGGAAGUGAAGAACGGUGAAGUUGUGCAAAUUGGAUGUAUUAAGCCAAACCCUAAGACACAUCAGUGGUACAAAACAGUCAGUCGGCGUGGUAGUGAAAUGGCAUUCUCUGCACCUCUUUUACCGUCAGUUGUUCCUCCACGUCCUUGGACAGGGUGGCGUGAUGGAGGCUGUCUGAUCACUCCUGUGCCUAUUACACGAGUGGAACGUCACAAAGAUGCUUUCCAACAUCAUGCAUUGCUUGACAAAUAUAAUAUUCAUUUGUUGCCUGUCCUUGACGCACUCAACUAUGUCAGCAGCUGUCCAUGGAGAAUCAACAAGAAAAUGUUGGAGGUAGUUACAGAAAUUUUUAAGGCUGGUGGAGAUGAUGACUUGGGUAUUCCUUCAUCUCGACUGCCAGUAGUUCCAGAGAUCUCGAAAGAGGAAACUGAUCCACUGAGACUGAAGGUCUUGAAACGACAGCAACAACUUGCAAAGAAAGAUCGUAACGAGAAGAAUUCUCUGCGCAUGGAUGCCAUCUAUCGUCUGUCAUUGGCACGUUAUUUUUGUAAUGAUGUACUUUGGUUGCCAAGCAACAUGGACUUCAGAGGUAGAGCAUACACGGUAGCUCCUCACAUCUCUCAUCUAGGGAGUGAUUUUGCUCGAUGUCUGCUUGUUUUUGCUCAAGGCAAACCACUAGGCAAGAAAGGUCUUAACUGGUUGAAACUUCAAGUUGCAAACUGUCGGGGUACAAUGAACAAAGCGACUCGAGAGGAAAGGUAUGAAUAUGCAAAUGAAAUGAUGGAUGAGAUAUUGGAUUCUGCAGAUUUUCCUCUUGAUGGUCGUGGUUGGUGGCGUUCAGCUGAAGAUCCUCUUCAAUGUUUAGCAGCAUGUAAAGAAAUUGCAAGUGCUACUCGAUCUGGCAAUUGUGAAAACUUUGUUUCUCACCUUCCAGUACAUCAAGAUGGAUCAUGCAAUGGUUUGCAACACUAUGCUUCUCUAGGCCGUGAUCAAUCUGGUGCAGAACAGGUCAAUGUAGCUCCUGCUGAUAAACCACAGGAUGUGUACUCGGGUACAGCAAAUCUGGUUGAGAAGUUGCGAGCAAAAGAUGCAGAGGCAGGUGUUGAUAUAGCGGUAAAACUGGAGGGCAAAGUUAACCGAAAGGUUAUCAAGCAGACAGUUAUGACUGUUGUGUAUGGAGUCACAUUUGUUGGCGGAAGAGAACAGAUAGCAAGGCAGCUGAAAGAGCAGAAGGCUGUAAACCCAGAAGAUGUAUGGGAUGCUUCAUGCUAUUUGGUGAAAGCAGUGUUUCAAAGUCUGGGAGAAAUGUUUAGUAGUGCAAGACAGAUCCAGGAUUGGUUUACUGCAUCAGCUCGAGCUAUUGCAAAAUCGGGUCAGCCUGUUCAGUGGAUUACACCUCUUGGUUUGCCUGUUGUUCAGCCAUAUCAUCAUCGGUAUGCAAAGCAAAUCAAUACUCGUUUGCAGAGAAUUCAAACUGUUUACAAGGCUGACGUUACUGAAAAGCCAGAUAAAAUGAAGCAACGAACUGCUUUUCCACCCAACUACAUUCAUUCACUGGAUGCAUCUCACAUGAUGCUUACAGCACUUCACUGCCAGAAAGCAGGAAUCUGCUUUGCAUCUGUCCAUGAUUGUUUCUGGACUCAUGCAGCUACAGUCGACACAAUGAACAGAAUUUGUCGAGAACAGUUUAUUGCUCUUCAUAGCCUUCCUCUCUUGGAGAGUCUGCGAGAACAGUUUCUUUCUCAAGUCAGUGAGAAACGGGGUCAUACAAAAGAUGUUAUUGAUAUUAAUCCUCUUCCAAAGAAAGGAACAUUUGACAUCCAGGAAGUUUUGAAGUCCCUCUAUUUUUUCUUUUAGAAAUGAUUAUAAAUUCUAUUUUUUACUGACUCUUAUAAAUGGAGGUGUUUGAGAGAGAGAGAAUUUAACAAUUGAUAGAUAUUGUGUUUGAUGUCUAUGUACAACAUACUAAUUCAUCUUUCAAUUAAUGAUUAGUUAUCAUCAUGCAGAUUCCAAGUUAGGUGCAAGUGCACGAUAGUCAAACAUUCACAGUUUUGUCAAGCUGUAGACCUUCCACCACGUCAGUGAGUGAUCACUUGAAACAAAGAUGAUUCAUGCAUAUGGCUAAUGUCUUGUCAACACAAUGUUACAGACGGCCAAACUGCUGUUUGUAGAGAUGUCACUCUUGCUGAAGAUGAAAGCAGCCAAUGAUAUACAGAAAUACAGUGAAUACAAUUACUGUUUCUAACAAUAAUUAUUGUUAAAUAACACAACAACUUUCCACAUUGCUUGGAUAUAGAAAGUGGGUUAAACAGCUCACUCUAAGGAUCAAAUUUGUUGAGUCCUGUAUCUGUAAAUUGCCUCGUCAUUUUCAUACAG